AUGGUCUCAGGGUCUGAGCUUUGCGCUUUGGAUGCGGAUGUGCUGGCGAGUUCAGAACUGAGUGACAUCAGGAGCUUAAAGCGUCACUUGGUUUCGCUGUGUGGAGCUUCCAGGUUCCGGCAAAGGCUUUUCUGCGACAGAUUUGACUUGGAAGAUGAUAUGAUGCUGAAGGUCCCCAUGGAUCUACAGCUAGUCUUACUGCCCUUCUGCAGCUCUUCCGACAAGGACAUUGACAUUCUGGUGGCAGCUGCAUCUCUAGGAGAUGUGGAGAUUGUGGAGAAGUUACUUCAAAGACCACAAGAUCCGGAUGGACAUAAUGGCGAUUUCGACUCACCUUUGCAUUUGGCUGCAGAGAAUGGACAUGCUGAGGUGGUUCAGUUGUUAUUGGAAGCCGAGGCUUCCGUGGAUUUGCUGGCUUGGCAGGGUGAACCUCCAUUGUGUUUGGCAUCUCGCAGGGGCCAUGUGGACAUCGUGCGCUUGUUGCUGGAGGGCAGUGCCGAGACGGAUGGACAUGAUGCGUUCGUCACCCCACUCUGGGCGGCAUGUGAGGAAGGACGCUUGGAAGUGGCGCGCUUGCUGUUGGAGGCCUGA